UAGUCACUCACUUUCAUAUAAAAUCUAGACCACAAAUACGUACUACGUUGAGGCAUACCUUCUCAGAAUCCAUCACCUCUCACGACACAGACGUCCAUUUGUCAAACAUCUUGAGGGGAACCAAAGAGAAUGAACCAUUCUCAGCGACCUCCACACGAUGGCCCAAUAGGGUCGAAGCGUAGAAUUCGUGACCCCGAAUUCGGCGAGCGCAAGAGGGCACGAAUUGCUGUUUCUAAAACAUCGGCUCUGAAAGCUGGAAAAUUACAGGAAAUCCCAAUGGAAUUAGUUUUCGAGAUCUUGUCAUAUGUCCAACCGUACGACCUACUCAAAUUGGCAAGGAUAAACAAAGCUUUCAGGUGUUUACUCAUCAGUCGCUCUUCUGCAUUCUUGUGGCGUAUUUCACGCGCAAAUGCAGACGAUGUACCCAAUCCGCCAUUUGAAUUUUCCGAACCAGCAUAUGCCCAUCUGCUUUUCAUCAACUAUUGCAGUGUACGCUCGAUCUUUUCAGCAAUGUUCUACACUAUUUCUUUUCCAUAAUUCUGCCGGGUCCGCUGCGACAAGAUUAUGUGGGAGUGCCGAAUUCGAUGUUGCAAAAAAUGUUCCAUACACAGGCAAGCAGUAAUUAUUUACACUUAUUCUGACCCACCUGACCGACCAUUAGGUUCAUUCCCGAUAAUGAUCAGGCUAUGAAUAAAUAUCCCGUCUUGCUGCGAAAACAUCGCAUGAAGUCUUUCGUUCCUAAACAGACCUCAACGAAAGGUCCCCUAUACACUCAAGUUCUGG